AUGUUCAUCAUUAUAGCUUUUAUAAUUGCUCUAUCAAUUUUAUUUUCCCAAUUUGUAUUCUAUUUCAAUUUAUACUUACUCUACUCAAUUUUGUACUCUAAACGGAUUGGGUUCAAGCCCGAGCUGCUCAUCAUCUAUUGCAGAAUUGCAGCAGAUAUUUGUUAUAGUUUUUGUGUAUCCUGCAUGAAAACUAAUUUCCUAGUCAGUCAAUUCUCGAAGAAACUCAUUGUGAAAAAUUUGUCAUUUUUCCUAUUGGAAGGUUCUAUAACAAUGGGAAUUAUCAGAGCAACCAUUGCAUUUUUAAUAACUUUGAAAAGAUUUAUAGCAACAUUUUUCCCGACUUUUUUCCACAACAAUUGGCGCAAAAUUCCGUUGUAUUGGAUUAUAAUUCCAAUUCUCUGUCAUUUACUUUUCGACCAAUGUAUUAUUUUCGGCUUCUGUGGAAAUGUUAUAGAUGUUCCAGUGGAUUGUGAUAAUUUUCAGUGUACUUUCAACGAAUGUUACCAAAAAUACUGGGAGUUCCAUGAGCAGGUGGUGUUUUCACUUAUUGAGACUUUGUCACUGCUUUUAUUUAUUCGACUUUAUAUCUGGAAAAGAUCAAGCCAUCUUCUUCAUAAAGUAACCCAAAUAGCACUACUAGAUUCGCUGAUGCUUUUGCUCUUCAACAUUUCCCCAUUAUUACUUUAUUCUUAUUUCUCAUCAACGCUGGUUCGAGUGAAUUACCCAUUAAUUACAGUUUCAAGAAAUGCUGGAUCUGCCAUCGAGUCGGUUAUUCUCUGGAAAUUGUUGAGCUCUAAGAAAAAAGUUUCACCGAAUAAUAUUCGUUUGAGCAAUUUGUAA